CCCGGGGCCAGGCCGAGAGAAAUCUCGGGGGAGGGCCCGAAGAACCGGGAGAUUACCGGGCGGGGACGAGCUGUCGCGCUGGUUGCUCGCGGGGAGCGGGACCCGGAACAGACCGGCGCGAGCGGGGAGGGGCCCGAACCUCGGAUUCGCGGCCCGGAGCUCGAGACCGGAGAAGCAGCCCCCACCGGUGAAUGGAGAACCCUCUGAGCUAAGGGCACCAUGGCCACGUCAGCCCCACUGCGGAGCCUGGAAGAAGAGGUGACCUGCUCCAUCUGCCUCGAUUACCUGCGGGACCCUGUGACCAUUGACUGCGGCCACGUCUUCUGCCGCAGCUGCACCACCGACGUCCGCCCCAUCUCAGGGGGCCGCCCCGUGUGCCCGCUCUGUAAGAAGCCCUUUAAGAAGGAGAACAUCCGACCCGUGUGGCAGCUGGCCAGCUUGGUGGAGAACAUCGAGCGGCUAAAGGUGGACAAGGGCCGGCAGCCGGGAGAGGUGGCCCGGGAGCAGCAGGAAGCGAAGCUGUGCGAGCGGCACCGGGAGAAGCUGCACUACUACUGCGAGGACGACGGGAAGCUGCUGUGCGUGAUGUGCCGGGAGUCGCGGGAGCACAGGCCCCACUCGGCCGUGCUCGUGGAGAAGGCCGCCCAGCCCCACAGGGAAAAAAUCCUGAACCACCUGAGUACCCUAAGGAGGGACAGAGAGAAAAUUCAGGGCUUCCAGGCCAAGGGAGAAGCUGAUAUCCUGGCUGCACUGAAGAAGCUCCAGGACCAGAGGCAGUACAUCGUGGCUGAGUUUGAGCAGGGCCACCAGUUCCUGAGAGAGCGGGAGCAGCACCUGCUGGACCAGCUGGCAAAGUUGGAGCAGGAGCUCACGGAGGGCAGGGAGAAGUUCAAGGCCCGGGGCGUCGGGGAACUCGCCCGGCUGGCCCUGGUCAUCUCUGAGCUGGAGGGCAAGGCACAGCAGCCGGCGACGGAGCUCAUGCAGGACAGCUGUGAUGUCUGUCAUCUUCUUAGGUACCCACGGAAGAAGUUCUGGAUUGGGAAACCCAUCGCGCGGGUGGUUAAAAAAAGGACAGGAGAAUUCUCAGAGAAGCUCCUUUCUCUCCAGCGAGGCCUGAGGGAAUUCCAAGGGAAGCUGCUGAGAGACUUGGAAUAUAAGACAGUGAGUGUCACCCUGGACCCGCAGUCGGCCAGUGGGUACCUGCAGCUGUCGGAGGACUGGAAGUGCGUGACCUACAGCAGCCUGUACAAGAGCGCCUACCUGCACCCCCAGCAGUUUGACUGCGAGCCGGGCGUGCUGGGCAGCAAGGGCUUCACCUGGGGCAAGGUCUACUGGGAAGUGGAGGUGGAGCGGGAGGGCUGGUCUGAGGACGAAGAGGAGGGGGAUGAGGAGGAAGAGGGGGAAGAGGAGGAGGAGGAAGAGGAGGCCGGCUAUGGGGAUGGAUAUGACGACUGGGAAACAGACGAGGACGAGGAGUCCUUGGGUGAUGAGGAGGAAGAAGAAGAAGAAGAAGAGGAGGAAGUUCUGGAAAGCUGCAUGGUGGGUGUGGCCAGGGACUCUGUGAAGAGGAAGGGGGACCUCUCCCUGCGGCCAGAGGACGGGGUGUGGGCGCUGCGCCUGUCCUCCGCGGGCAUCUGGGCCAACACCAGCCCCGAGGCCGAGCUCUUCCCCGCGCUGCAGCCCCGGAGAGUGGGCAUCGCCCUGGAUUAUGAAGGGGGCACCGUGACUUUCACCAACGCAGAGUCGCAGGAACUCAUCUACACCUUCACCGCCACCUUCACCCGGCGCCUGGUCCCCUUCCUGUGGCUCAAGUGGCCUGGAACGCGCCUCCUGCUGAGACCCUGAGCCCCAACACCUGUCUCCGGCCCCGCACCCGCAGAUGCUUCACUUCUCUGGAAUUCCAGAACUCUCUGACUGGGGGGAAGGGGUGUCUGGCCUGAGCACCUGGAGCAGGCGAGAGAAGGGACCCCACAUCCACUGCCAGCCGCCUCCCCGUCGCCGUGGCCCUGAGACCUCACUCAGUGCUGUUGCUCCACGAGUGCUGCCCUAACUGGACUCUUUCCCCGCCUCCUGCUGGUUUCCUGUGGGAACUUCUCACCCUGAAGACCACGAGGGCUCCUUUCCUUUUUGACCACUGCCUUGGCCCCAGCUCUGCACUGUCGUCGUUGAAUCGGAGUGAGGCAGCAUUCUCUUGCCCAGCGCGGCAAGACCUGGGAAAGACCAGUCAAUUACGCCUGAGACCAUUUCGCUGUCCUCAAACCUUGUAGGUUCCCCCUUGCCCAGAUCUCUGUUGCCCACCUUCCCUGGUAUUUUAUACAGACCUACCCCGACCCCAACUCAGAGUUAGCGUACAUGAAAAUCCUGAAAAUAAACAGUGAAAAUCCACUGAGCUUUCUAGACCAUUUAAGGCCUGGAGUGCCGGUGGGAAUCAUCUCAUGAGGUCCAGAGCGGAGUUCAUGUUCCUCUGAAACGGAGGCCAAGCAUACAAGCUCUCCAUAGCCAAAAUCCCUGGAACCAUCUAUGGUCUUGGGGGAAGGACCUAGAUACAUGUGGCUUUGGGCUAAUAGGUGU